AUACAGAUACAUAUAAUAAUGGAGCAACAACCACAACCUGUUAUACCAUCGACUACAUCAUCAUCAUCAGAGACGACAAACACAAAGCAACCAAAGACUGAUGAACCAAAGAAGGUAGUCAGACGAUUCGUUGGAAAGAAGAAGUUGGCCGCACAAACAUCAUCAACAUCAUCAAACAAUGACAAUGACAACAACAACAACAACAAUGUCACAAGUGAUAAUAAUGCGAGUGGAGACAUCGUUGUAUCACAAUCACAAGGCGAAGCCAAGACCAAGUCCAAACCGAAGGUGUUUGGAAGAUCAGUGGCACUACAACAACAGAUACCAGAUUCAAUAUUGAAGGAUGAAGCACUGAAUAAUGCAAUGGCAGUGUUGCCAUCGAAUUAUAACUUUGAGAUACACAAGACUAUUUGGAGAUUGAGACAGUUGCAAUCGAAGCGUGUGGCAUUGCAGUUCCCCGAGGGAUUGCUCAUGUACUCUUGCAUCAUCUCAGACAUAUUGAAUGCAUUUGCCAAUGUCGAGACCAUCAUCAUGGGCGACGUAACCUAUGGUGCAUGCUGUGUCGAUGACUACACCGCCAAGUCAUUGGGCGCUGACUUUAUGGUUCACUUUGGUCACUCAUGUCUUGUUCCAAUUGAUGUUAGCGAGAUUAAUAUGCUUUACGUGUUUGUGGAUAUCCAGAUCGACUUGAAGCACUUCAUCGAGACACUAAAGUAUAACUUUGAAAAGGAUACAAAGCUGAUAUUGGUGUCAACUAUUCAGUUCUCAGCAUCACUACAGUUCGCCAAGUCAACACUGAUGGAACACUUUGAUAAUGUAUCUAUACCUCAAGAGAAACCAUUGUCACAUGGUGAGAUACUUGGAUGCACUUCCCCAAAGAUAAGAGGCGAUGAUUUGGUAUUGGUGUAUCUUGGUGAUGGUCGAUUCCAUCUCGAAUCAAUCAUGAUAUCAAAUCCAAUGCUCAAAGCAUAUAGAUACGAUCCCUACAGCAAGGUAUUCUCACAUGAGCAAUACGACUUUGAAGCGAUGUACACUAUUAGACGAACGGCCAUUCAAAAGGCCAGCGAGGCCAAACGCUAUGGAAUCAUCUUGGGUACACUUGGUCGACAAGGUAGUCCAAGGAUCUUGGAUCACUUGGAGGAGUUACUAAAGAAGAGCAACAAGGACUACACUAUAGUGCUACUCUCGGAAAUAUUCCCUUAUAAGUUGGACUUGAUGAAUGAUAUUGAAUGUUGGAUACAAAUAGCAUGCCCAAGAUUAUCGAUUGAUUGGGGAUAUGCAUUCAAUCGUCCAUUGUUGAAUACUUAUGAGGCAGAGGUUGCCCUUGGAGGUAUCGAAUGGCAAACAAUCUAUCCCAUGGACUUCUAUUCCAAACAAGGUGGAAAAUGGUCCAACUAUGCCAGUUGA